AGGGUGGGCUUGGGCCACUGAAGAGCUGGCGACAUGAGCAGAACACGGUUGGUGUGUGAAAUUGAGUGACAGGCUGAAUGCAAAGAAACAGGCUAUGACAAUCAUUUCUCAAAGUUUUGCAGUCUGUUUUGGGAAUGCACAAUUCAAGACGGUCACAUUGUUUACGACUUUCACAUGACGAUGUCUGCUGGAAUAUGCAGUUUAACAGCAAGCUGUCACGUGGGAUGUUACCUGUUGGUUGAACUAUAUGAACUGUAUUGGUUUCGACAAUGAAAACGGUGGCUGCUUGAAGAACAAUAUCCACUGUUUAGUACAAUUCUUCAAAAACAAGGAAGUUGGGGCGCGCCGCAAGCUAAAUCUCCACUCAUGCUGAAUGUAAGCGCAACGUUCGAUCUUCAGAAGAAUGUCGUGUCCAAUAUAUUCAAAAAAGAAGCUUCUGUGGGACGAUUCGAAGAGUACUCAAGAGCAGUGGACACGCAGAUCAUCAACAUCGAAAGGGAUGGAGGGGUCCUUUACUCCUGGAAAGGAGCGACAGGGACGACUCAGAUUGGCAAAUAUGAUCCCACUACCAAACACAAUAAGCUCCUCUACACAUUCGACAAGCAGGUGUGUGUGAGCAGCUGUUCCCUGAACCAGGAGGAGACACUGCUCGCUGUCAGUCUGGUACAGAGGACGAGAGCUGAAGAACGACUCAAACCAGUGUCCAAAUGCCUGACCCUCCUGAUAGAGAUCCAUCCCAUAAACAACACCAAGGUGCUGAAGGCCGUGGACUGUAAGAUCAGAGUGCAGUUCCUGUAUCCGGAGACAAACAGGAGCUCAGUCCUGGAGAGUCAUCUUCUGCUCCUGGCUGAUGAGGGAUAUGUGGAGCAGUACCAUGUGAUGCUGAGCAAGCAGGAAGGCUACAGAGUGGUGAUGUGUAACUUCGAGCGCAUGGCCAAGGACAGAGUAGUAGAGGACUUCAUGUGGACCCAGUGGGACGCCCACACUCAGAGACUGUUCUACCUCACCUACAGGGACAAAGCGGUGUUGGUGUGUGUGCAGUUUUACCCUAACCACAACUGUGAGACUGUGUUUGAGCUGGCUCUGGAUCUGCCCUCCAACCCCAUCACCUCCCUGAGGUUUAUCAACCUUGGCUUUGACCACUACCUGGAGGAGGAGCCUGUACAGUGUGAUCCAAUCAGGAUGGCUGUUUUCACCAACACAAUAGGCAGCAUGUGUGUGUGCUACAGCCAGCAGAUCACUCCACAUCAGGCCAGCUGCAGCUACACCAUCGUCCUGGUUCAUAAAGGCUGCAGUAAGACUUUCACUGUAGCGCUAGAUGGUGACAUCUCUCCUCACACUAGAGACCUCCAUCCUCUCUUCCUCCCCCUGGGCUACUACAUCCUGGUUUACCUGCCGGGUCACUUCCUGCAUUGCAUCAACAGCAGACAGCAGGAGUUUCUCUGCCACAGCCUCUUCCUGUCAGGUCCAGAGUCAGACCUGGGCCUGCCAGCAGAGGGCACUGUGGUGUUCUGUCUCCCAGACUCUACCUCUCUGUUGGACCUGGCUGCAGGCAGAAUGUUCUCCCUAGUCAUCAGCUCUGAGUUCCUGCUCCAGCUCCUCCAAACACCAGGCCCCAGCCGGCCUGACAACCAGCGCCUGGCCGUCAUGCACUGCCUGCUGGUCUACCUGGGGCCCAAUCCUGCCCUGGAGCAGAGGAUCAUAGACUGGAUCUGUGACAACAUCAUGCCGUUCCACACCUUUGAUCAGAUCCAGGAGUUUGUUCUGGGUGAGAGGAAACACACACACACACACACCGCAGCCCAUCCACUCACUCUCCACCUCGCUCUUCUCUCCCCUCCAGAUAAGAAGCUGGUUCCCCUGUUUCAGGAGGAGGACCACCAGCAGAGGGUGCUUAUAGGCCAGAUGGUGGACAAGCUGAGAGAGCACCUGAAUAGACACCUGCCUCGACUGGGGAAAAAGAGGAUCGAUUUACUGGUGGUGAACUACGUGGCGAAGCUGUUGGAGCUGAUCAGAUACAUGCUGGAGUCCGUGUGGCUGAAGUACAGACUGGCCCCGUGUGUGAUGUGCUUGAACAAGCCAGGCAGUCCUGCAGAGUGGACAGUGUUUCACGUGAUGUGUCGGAUCCUGGAGGCUACCAAGAGUCUCUGUCUACCUCUCCCUCCUGGGUAUCACACUCUGUUGGCAGUGUUAGGGGUGCGUUGUCUUCCUCGUCACAUUUUCCUGCAGUACGUAGACCAGGGUCUGCUACAGCUCACUGAGACCUUCGUAUCGCGCCUCAUGACAGAUCUAGACAACAGUCAUUCCAACGAGCAGCUCAAGUUCAGCAUUCUCAAGCGUCUCCCUGAGCCGAUGGAGCAGAGAAUCUGCCAUCUGUGGGACCACCCAGUUAGCUCCGCCUGCAUCUCCCGGGGCUACGUGAGCAGCCUGCUGAAGAAACAAGCCAACACCAAGAGAUCCCAGUUGAACCGGCAGGCCGGUUCAACCGGUCUGAACCCAGGCAGGCCUGGGUUCAGACCUGACUUCCUGCCUCUCACCUACCUGACCAACACUCUGGCUGAUCUGGAGGAGGAAGCUCUGAACCCUUUUGAGGAGCAGGAGAACGUGGAUGCCAGGUUCGUGGAGGAGACUGCUCUGAAGCAGACACUAAUACUACUGGGCUUUGAGGUCAAGUGAAGACACACACACACACACACUCCAACACCAACACACCAACACACAUCUAAGGCACAAUGGGGUCUGGUCCGGCUUGUCAUGAUGGAUUUACUGGACUGCAUGGUAUUUCCGUUCUUAUAUUGAACCUGAUGUGUAUGAGUCAUGACUAUGACCAUGAUUAACUCUGGUUAAUCCCAAAAUUAAAUGUAUUGCUCAUAAUUCAGUAACAUGAGGUUUAGUUUCAGGAAUAUCUCUGUGUCAUUCUAUGAAUGUGGGGGUGUACUUAAUCAUAGAAAAGCAUACUGUGGAAAAGGGAUUUUGUAACAAGGGUUUUCAGGGAUUUACAUAAUCUUUUGUAAUCUUUAGUCUUCGCUGUUUUGCAUUUGUACUAUAAAUAAAUCAUCUUUA